CACCUGACAGGUAGAUAAUACAGAUAAUGUAUAACAUGAUCAAAUUACAUAUAACUGUCAGGAAGGACAGUCACCAUUAAGAUCCACAAGCAGAUCUGAUGAUGGACCCCCGUACCAGUGCCCAGGACGUGAUGCGAUGUGACCUGUGUGAGACCGCCCUGGUACAGAUGCACUGUGAUACGUGCCUGGUCAAUCUGUGUACGGUCUGCGUGGGGGAACAUUUCUCUGCUGACCUCUCAAAGCCUCACAGAAUUGUUGAUGUCAUGGACAGGAAUUCCACCCUCCUCUACCAUGAGUGUAUCUCUCAUGAAAAAGAACGAUGUGAGAUGUACUGUAUUCAGUGUCAUAUUCCGGUCUGCCAUACCUGUCUGGCUUCAGAUCAACAUUUAGGUCAUAAAUUAUUGAAAAUAUUGCAAGUAUUGGAGGAGAAGAAAGAAAAGAUCACCAAAGAGAAAAAUGAGUUAAAUGAAACAAUUUAUCCAACCUACCAGGACACUUUAUCUGAUGUACAAAACAGAAUGAGUCAGUUAGAAAAGAAAUAUGGAGAUCUCUCAACAGCCAUAACAAAACAUGGAGAGAACUGGCACAGAGAAAUUGACAAACUCGUCCAGAAACUGAAAUCUGAAGUGGAGGAGAUGAAAACCACACAGUUACACACUCUACAGAAACAUCUGGAUGAAGUGAACAAGAAAAUCUCCAAUAUCAAUGAUGAAAUCAAUUUGAUGGAUGUUGCUUUGGACUCUAAUGACAUGUCAAAAGUAUUCAGUUUUAUGUCUAAAGUAGAGGAAUACAAAAAUCUUCCACACAAAAUUCUGCCAUCUUUACCUAAAUUCACUCCUGGGAGAAUUCAAGAAGAACUCGGUAAACUGUUUGGAACUUUAUCAUCAAUUUCUGUCCGAUCAGAAGAACAUGGUUACAGUAUAAAGACAACACAGAAAUCCCCAGAAGCUGCAUCCUCUCCUGUCAUUAAACAGCUGCUUGAUGAACCACAGACUGUCACCACCAUACACACUGAGUAUAGGUUUAACCUUUACAAUGUGGCCUGUCUGAGUGAUGAAGAAAUCUGGACAAGUGGAACUGGUAACAUGAAACUCUACAGCAUCAAACAGGGAUCACUACUCAAGUCAAUCACAACCAAGAGUGGGGACACUCCAGAGGACAUAGCAGUGAAAAACAGUGGGGCUCUAGUUUAUACUGAUUACUGGGAUAGGACUGUGAACAUUGUGAAGAAUGAAGAGAUACAGACCAUGAUCACACUACAGGGGUGGAGACCUCACAAUGUCUGCAGUACCUCCUCUGACGAUAUCCUGGUUACCAUGGUCAGUGAUGAUGGAAAACAAUCCAAAGUCGUGCGUUACUCCAGCUCCACAGAGAAACAAAGCAUUCAGUUUGAUGAUCAGGGUCGUCCUCUCUAUUCAUCUGGCUAUGACUAUAAAUACAUCAGUGAGAACAGGAACCUGGAUAUCUGUGUGGCUGACAAUAAAGCUAAAGCAGUAGUGGUGGUCAAUCAGGCCGGGAAACUGAGAUUCAGGUACACUGGACAUACUCCUGCUCCACAGAACAAACCAUUCAGUUCACGAGGAAUCACCACAGACAGUCAGAGUCACAUCCUUACAGCUGAUUAUUACAAUGACUGUGUCCACAUCAUAGACCAGGAUGGACAGUUCCUCCGUUACAUAGUCUGUGGACUGAGUGAUCCCUGGGGACUGUGUAUAGAUACAAACGACAAUCUGUUUGUUGCUCAAUGUACAAACAAACAAGUGAAGAAAAUCAAAUAUCUGCAGUGAAAUUAAACAUCAGUGGCAGAUUUAGACAGUAGUGAAAUUAAACAUCAGUGGUGGAUUUAGACAACAGUGAAAUUAAACAUUAGUGGUGAAUUUAGACAGCAGUGAAAUUAAACAUCAGUGGUGGAUUUAGACAGCAGUGAAAUUAAACAUUAGUGGUGGAUUUAGACAACAGUGAAAUUAAACAUUAGUGGUGGAUAUAGACAGCAGUGAAAUUAAACAUCAGUGGUGGAUUUAGACAGCAGUGAAAUUAAACAUUAGUGGUGGAUUUAGACAGCAGCAUUCCUGUUAAAACUGAAUAUUUAUAUGAGAAAAUGAUUUGUUUCAAUGGUUUUUAUUUCUCAAUAUAAAACCCUACAUGUAUUGAUAAAAAAUACACCAAAAAACAAACAAAUGAAAUCAAGUAAAAAGCAUAUACAUCAAGAGUAUAUUUCUGGGUAAUGUUUGUUGAAAGGGGAGACAGUAUAAAACAAUGAUGGACUAUGCUUUUUUAUUAUUAUCUAUUUUAAAAUUUUACAAAACCCUAUCUCACGUCUGAGAUUGUUAACUCGGAUGCAAUCGGUAAAACGGAUGCAGUUAUGCAGAACAAUAGUUUGUAGUUUGAUAGCGGGGAAGUUUUGAUGUUAUUUACGUUUCGAUGCUUUAUCUAGUUUAAAAUUAUCGAUAUUAAAGAUAUCAAUGUAGAAGUGACAAUUUAUGAGACUUGCACUGUAAUU